GUGGUCUGUGCUGCGAUGUUGAUCCUGGACGUUUUGUCCCCGCUCCUCCUCCUCUCCAUCCUGUUGCCGGGCUACGGUUGCCGGGCGGCGGACAUUCCAGAGGACACUACAUCAGAGUUCUCGGUCAGACUGUACCACCGGCUGCAGGCAGCAGGGGGUCAGGACAACAUCAUUUUCUCCCCGCUGAGCGUGGCUGUGGCCCUGGGCAUGGUGGAGCUGGGAGCCAGGGGGGCUUCGCUGGAGGAGAUACGACAGGCUGUAGGAUUCAGCCAUCUGCUGCCCGGCGUGGAGUUCUCUCUGCUCCAGAACCUGACAGCGGCUCUGUCGGAUGAUGAUACGCACUACGUGAUCCGAUUUGCCAACAGCCUCUUCCUGCAGGAGGGCGUCACCUUUAACCCCGAGUUUUUGCAUCUGAUGAGGAAGUACUUCCGGGCUGAUGUGGAAACGGUGGACUUCAGCGAGUCAUCAGCUGUGGCCGAUCAGAUCAACAACUGGGUAGAGAAUCAUACCGAGAGUAAGAUCCGUGCGCUGCUAUCAGCCGAGGACUUCAGCAGCGUGACCCGCCUGACCCUAGUGAACGCCGUCUACUUCAGAGGCUCCUGGAAAAACCAGUUCAGACCAGAGAACACCAGGACCUUUUCCUUCAGCAAAGACGAUGGCUCUGAGGUCCAGACGCUCAUGAUGUACCAACAGGGAGACUUUUACUACGGCGAGUUCAGUGAUGGCUCACAGGAAGCUGGUGGUGUGUACCAGGUGUUGGAGAUGCCCUACGAGGGAGAGGACAUGUCCAUGAUGAUCGUUCUGCCUCGGCAGGAGGUACCGCUGGCUUCUCUGGAGCCCAUCAUCAAAGCACCUCUGCUGGAGGAGUGGGCUAACAAUGUCAAACGGCAGAAGGUGGAAGUCUACCUGCCGAGGUUUAAGGUGGAGCAGAAGAUUGAUCUGAGAAACACUUUGCAGGAGCUGGGGAUAAAGAACAUCUUCACCAACGACGCUGAUCUCUCUGCCAUGACAGAUGGUAAGGAUCUGUACAUUGGAAAAGCAGUGCAGAAGGCCUACCUGGAGGUGACAGAGGAGGGAGCAGAGGGAGCUGUCGGUUCAGGAAUGAUUGCCCUGACCAGGACUCUGGUGCUGUACCCACAGGUCAUGGCAGAUCACCCGUUCUUCUUUGUCAUCAGGAACAGAAGGACAGGGUCCAUUCUCUUCAUGGGCAGGGUCAUGACCCCGGAAGUCAUCGAACCCAACGACCACGACUUUGACUCCAUGUAACCAGGGUGUGAGGUCACUCACUCUCAGCCAAUCAGAUCCUGACGUCAUAAAUGCUACCUAUCCUCUUUCACCAUCUUCAGCUGUGUUUUAUACUCUAUAUACAAACUGAAUAUUAUAUGAAAUAUUAUAUAUUGAAACAUGACAUACGACAUAAAAUGUGACUGUGUUUUGAUACUGGAAGCUUUAAAUUCUUGGAUACAGAUGUGCAGAAAGUGAAAGUUGUAAAUAUUCUCUAGUAAAAGUAUGGUUUGUAUAUGAAUAAGAAGAAUACAUGGUAUGUGAUCCAUGCACAACCCCUUUAAGUUCAGCAGCUUCGUACUCACUUGCACCCACACACACGAUGCACAAAAACCUCUUUGGAUGUAGUUACUCUUUCUCCAGAUACAGUAUGUGCACACUGUAAGUUCCACACAUUAAUUACAUCCCUGUACAUUUGACAUUGUGUUCUAUAUAUACAUAUACAGUAUAUGCUCAGUAUUUAUUGCAGAAUAAACAUGUGCAAACAUUUUGUCCUUAUACACUUAAUCUUAGUAAUAUAUCUGUUCCAGACAGUAUUGAGACAUUUUUACACUGUAGGCACAUGGCUAAACUGCUGAUGAACUAAUAUGCCUUAUCACAUCUGAGUGGUUGAUUAAGCCUGAGCUGGGCAUCUUACAGGUGAGCAAAGGGGACUGUGUAACUAAGAUGGGUUGCUAUAGAGAUGGACUGGAGCAUGCAGGCGCACUGAAGAAGAUCUGCUGCACUGUUUUGGAUGUACAUACAGGGAGAAACAAAAACACCAGCUGUAUUGAGUCUUUUAUUCAAUAAAAACAUGAAUGUGUUCCCAUUAAA